UUGGCCGGUCUAUUAUCACAGUUAAACAUUGCAAAAGAAAUGCUGCUUCAACGGGGUAUUUUAACAAAAUGGGCUAUAAAAGCUCCAAUCAAAAGUAUUCUUGAAAGGGUUCAAUUACGCCUUAUAAGCCAGAAUGCCGAGGAUAAUAAUCCCGAUACAAUUCCGCAAACAUCCGCAAGAGAUUCGCCACCAUCAAAUUUACAAAAGAGAUCACAAAUGCAUUUGGUAAAUGCUUUGGAAAAUGAUGUAAACGAACGGCGUGCAAUUGACCCAAAAGAAACGUCUAUUAUAUUAUUUCCUGGACAGGGAGCACAAUACGUUGGUAUGGCAGCGCAACUAAUGCGAUUUCCCUCAGCGCGAUCUAUAUUCGAAUUAGCAAAUGAAGUAUUGGGUUAUGAUUUACUCAAAGUGUGCCUUGAAGGUCCACGCGAAAAACUUAAUCGUACUGAACAUGCUCAACUGGCUGUGAUGGUAUCCUCAUUGGCCGCAUUGGAGCAAUUACGCGAAGAGAGACCGCGUGCUAUUGAGAAUUGUGUAGCAACAGCGGGAUUUAGUCUAGGGGAGAUUACUGCAUUAGUGUUUGCUGGCGCAUUACCAUUCGACAAAGCGUUGCGAUUAGUACAAGUACGCGCUAACGCAAUGCAAGCGGCGUGCGAUGCUGUGCCCAGCGGAAUGGCGCUAAUAUUGUACGGACCCGACACACAGCUUGGAACUAUUUGCACACAAGCUCAACAAUGGUGCUUGGAACGUGGCAUAGAAGCUCCGUAUUGCGGCAUAGCAAAUUAUAUGUAUCCACAUUGCAAGGUACUAGCUGGACAUAUGGACGCAUUGCAAUAUAUUGAAGUAAAUGCGAAGGCUCUAAAAAUAAAACGAAUGAAACGUCUACAAGUAAAUGGUGCUUUCCAUACGCCGAUUAUGCAAUCCGCCGUUGAACCCUUUGAAAAGGCACUAAAAAACAUUUUUAUAAAGGAACCACUAAUUCGAGUGUUUUCAAAUGUGGACGGCAAACCCUACCGAAAUGCGACGCAUAUAUUACGUCAACUACCAAAACAAAUUGUAAAGCCAGUAAAAUGGGAACAAACGAUGCAUUUAAUGUAUGAGCGUCGGCAAGGAGUUGAUUUCCCUCGAACAUUUGAGUGCGGACCAGGCAAAGGAUUGAAACAAAUACUCGAUAAAGUUAAUGCGAAGGCCGCGAAUACUGCAUUCAAUGUUGAAGCGUAGUAGCUAAAAAAAACUUAUUUAAAUAUGAGUGAAAUUUUACUUUUAGGCGGUUGUUUGCAAUAAAACGUUAAAGUUGUUUAUAGUAAGAUAA